CAAUCCUUUUGUAGAGAUAUAAAAGGAGAAGAUUUGACGUAGGACAAUGGAGGAGAGGGUGGGGGAUUUGAGGGUUCCUCUGAUCUCUUCCUUGUUCUGUCUUUGUGUUUUAACUGGUGGCGUCCUCCUUGUUCUCUACCUUUUCGUGCCAGAUUACUCUCAGCCAUGGUUUGCUCCUGCAGGAUUGAUCUUGGUUGGUUCUCCUUACAUAUUUUGGCUCCUGACUUACAUUUACACCUUCUUGAAACGCUGCUGUUUUGGCGACAGCAACAUUGAUGACAACUGCCAGAUUUCAAGGCGUACCUCAAGAGCUGCUACGAUGGGGAAACCUGGGGUUGCCAGGACUGAUUCCAAGGCAAACUCUGCUACUUCUAAUAACAAUAACAUCAAUGAUGGCAAACAAUCAAGUAGCCAUGGCCAACAAGAUGGAGGAGAUGCAUCAUCUGUUAACUCUGCAAAGGAAAUUGAGAUGCCUUUAGCCGUAUGAAUAUCAUUAUAGAAAUGAUCACGCGGCAUUAUGCAUGAGCUAAAGCAUGAAAGAGAGAUUUGGAUUGCAGAGAUAUUAUUAGUAAUAUAUAAUUGAAGGAUUAUGUCAUCACUCAGGAGCUGUUUAAGGAUGGCGAAGAUUGCCCGCAAAUGGUGAAUGUAAGUAGAAAUAGCAGAAAGAGAUAUUUAACUUGUCUUAGCAUUUACAAAAAAAUUGAACAAACAAAAAAAAUUGCUCUUCUUUGUUUCCUAGGCAGCUGUUCUCUCUUAUUUCCUAUUAUUUGUUCCCCUCUUCGCCUCCACCCCCAACUUUUCUCAAUUUCUGUUGAAACUUCAAUUUCAACUGAAUACAGUAUGAAAGAUAAAUUUAACA